CUGGCCAUGAGCUAUGCUGCUGCUAUAAACAACCUCUGUGUCCCAAAUUAAAUAACCACAGAGUACAUCCAGAACUUCUGGACACUACUGUUCUUUAGUAGCAGGAGCUGGCUGGCUUAGAAUGUGCUCUUGAGGGAGCAGGAAGGAACAUUUCAAACUCCCCAAACAUCUAGGCUUGUGUCCAAGUGUCAGGAUGACUUUCUCCAGCCUGAAGCAGCUUGUCCCUUUCCACUUCUAUUUAUUCUGUGGUGUAGCAGAAUUUUCUGGAUGUCUACAGACCAGUGCCUCCAGGGAGACUGGGGACUGCUGUGAUCCCUGCCUAUGUGCUUCCUAUACAUGGAUGCAUAUGUGAUUUGAAGUAUACAAACCUGCUUCUAUCUCUUCCCUAAAACAGACUAUUAAACCUGCAUAUUUGGCCAUCUAGGUUUAACAGAGUUUGAGUGCUCAACUGCCACUUCAACAUCUCUCAGCAAUUCAGCUCCCGCAAUAGCCCUCCCAAAACGCUAGCUAUGAAUUAAAAUGAAUUAGAGCCUGCAGAGUGACUGCAGUGACUGUGAGGAGGAAGUCCUUGCUGCUGUUUCUUCAUUUAGACAACUGAGGAGAAGUUUAAUGUCAGCAGUAUGGGGCAUCAGGUGAUAAUAUUUGACUUUUCGCUCAUAAGAGGACUCUGGGAGGCUCGAGUCAAGAAGAACAAAGAACGUCAGAGGAAAGAGAAAGAGAGAUUAGAAAAAAGUUCAUUAGAGAAGAUAAAGCAGGAAUGGAAUUUCAUACUGGAAUGCCGGAAGAAAAGCAUUCCCCAAUCAAAAUACCUCAAGAAUGGCUUUGUAGAUAUUGAUGAGAAAAUCUUGGACACAUGUGGAAAAACUCCUCAGCUACAGAAGAGGCUUAGUCUGUCAGAUGAAACAAAUAAGGAGAGAAACAAAUUUAUUUUUCAUCUUUCGGGAGAACAGUGGAUGGAAUUCCCAGAGUCUCUGAAAGAUCAUACCUAUCUGAAAGAAUGGCAUGUAAGCAAUACACUGAUUCAAACAAUUCCAGACUAUAUUGCUUUGUUUCAAGAUUUGAGAGUUCUGGAGUUAUCAAAAAAUCAAAUCAACCACCUCCCAGUGGAAAUUGGCCACUUAAAAAAUCUCAAAGUACUCAAUGUAAGUUUUAAUAAUUUGAAGUCUGUCCCUCCGGAAUUGGGUGACUGUGAGAAUCUUGAAAAACUGGAUUUGUCUGGAAAUAUGGAAAUAAGCGAGCUUCCAUUUGAACUAAGUAACCUGAAGCAAGUUACAGUUGUGGAUGUGUCAGCGAACAAGUUCCAUUCUAUUCCAGUUUGUGUACUUCGGAUGUCUAAUUUGCAGUGGUUGGACAUCAGCAGCAAUAACCUGAGAGAUCUCCCAGAAGACAUAGACAGAUUAGAUCAACUGCAGACACUUCUCCUACAGAAAAACAAGUUAACUUAUCUUCCACGAGCUUUGGUUAACAUGUCAAAACUCAGUUUGCUAGUCGUCAGUGGUGAUGAUCUGGUUGAGAUACCCACAGCUGUGUGUGAGUCUACCACAGGUUUAAAAUUUAUAAGUCUCAAGGACAGCCCAAUUGAAACUAUUGUAUGUGAAGACACUGAAGAAAUUAUAGAAAGUGAACGUGAACGAGAGCAAUUUGAAAAAGAGUUUAUGAAAGCCUAUAUUGAAGACUUAAAGGAAAGAGAUUCUGCUCCUUCCUACACUACAAAAGUAUUAUUCAGUCUUCAGCUCUGAAGAUCAAUAAUCUCUAAAUCACUAGGGGAUACCAGAAUAAUUCUAUUUUUAUCUAACUGAAAAAUUAGACUGCCUGAAGCACUUCAAAACCAACAUGGGGUUUUUUUAAAUUAUUUGCCACUACUGCUCCUAGAAACUACAGAGAAAGCAAAAAAUGGAAGAGCCAUCAUAAGAUUCUGUUUCAUCCUUCUAAACACACACAUGCAUUUUUAUGUCCACCAUAAUAAGCCCUAAAUUGUCCUAAUGAAAGUAUAUGUGAGUUUAGUUGUCCUCAGGAUAAAGAUGCUGUACAUUGUAGUUGAAAUAGUGAAACAUAAAUCAAGGUAGAGAACAAUCUGAUUCAUAAAAGAGAAAUAUUUAGGUGGAUAUAUAGGCGGAUUUGUUGUACUCUAAAGACCAAAUUACUCAUUUAAUUGUUUGCAAUAUUUAAAACACAUUUAUAUAUAACAAUAUUUAUUUGCCUUAUUUUCCAAAUAGAUCCUGUAGAUCUAUUCUGCUGCUUUUUCAAGACUUUUCCCUGUUCACAUAUUCAAGUACCAAUGUGGCCGAAACUUCUUUGUAAAACAGUCUUAUAGUGUUGUAGGUAAUAAGAUUUCAAAGACUAAACAGUGUGAACAAGUACCUUCUGUAAAACUGAUUAUAAAGGUAUUCCACUAUUAGUUUCAAAAUACAGGAUUUUGUGGACAUUGAUGGGAAGUUUCUAAGCUGUGUAAGAAUGCAUUUGCUGGUAUAAAAAGUUAUGUUACUUGCUAUUUAAUAAUAUAAUAGUUUAUAUAUAACUGUAAAUGUAUAUACUGUAGGAAUCUACAACUACAUAAUUUUUGUCUAAUAAAAUUAUACUUUUUAAUCUGAAAAAACUUGGGACUUGGAGAAUUUAGUCUCAAAUGGGAGAAUUUAAAUAAUCUUAAACUUUUAUACAUGCAAAUAGGAGAAAUUAUAUUUACAUCUUGAUUUUUUACAAGGAAGCCCUCCAGAGUUGGUCUCUAAGUGUUAAAGCUGAUUUUAAGAAAGUCUUGGAACAACCAAAAAGCUUCAAAAAUUGCAAAAAGCCAGUAUAGUAUCACUUUUUUUUCAAAGAGCCAUCAGAAUGAUUCAAGAAAUUAUAGGCCUAUCAACUUGACAAUCAUCUGAAACAGAAUAAUGGGAGAUCUAAAAUAGGUUCGAUAAGAAGCAAUUGAAAUUUGAUAAAGUAGUUGGCUUAUGGAAAUCAAGUUAUCUGAAAUUAAUUACAGAUCUUUCAGUGAAAUUAUAAAUUUGCUUGAUUAGGUGUUGAUAACAAUGCAAUAAACUUCUGUAAGAUAUCUGAUUUGGCAUUUCUUGAAAUUCUAUUUUUAGAGUCCUUUUUUUUGUGUAGUAUGACCCACUGAACAAUCAUAGGCUUGUACACAAUCAUAGCAGCUGUGCUUACAGAAGAAAGAUGUACGUUAUGAGUUUUGAAACUCCAAAAAACAUAGAGGUUCAAAAAUAAUUAACUAAACAUGUAUUCCUAGUGCAAAUUCUACUGUCAGAAUUGUUGAAUACAUAAACAGAAAGUACACCAGAAUAGAGAAAUUGUACUUAUCUAACAUUUCUACUAAUCUUACUUGAAAGAAUGUGUACCACUUCUGAUACACUUCUGUUCAAAAACAAAGAGGAUAAAGAUAAACUGGAGAACAUUUUGAAAAAAACAAGAGAAUGAAUAGAAAACAUGCACUUUAAGCUUAACUGAAUAGUGGACAAGUGUUUUUCUUUGGCAAUGUUUAUCAAUUAAAAAUCAUGAUCCAGGAAAAAAACUUCAUUGCAGCAAAUUAAUGUAAAGCAGAAUGCUAAAAUGUGAAUUCACACUGUUUGAGACUAGAAACAAAUGACCUUUUUUUAGUAAGAGUAACAACGGGAGAACUAAUAAAAGGCUGUGGUAAGUUCUCUGUUGCAAGCUGUCUUUAAGUCCAGGUUAACAUUUUACUGAAAAAUUUGAUGUAAAAAAUAGUCAUGGAAGUCGAUGGUAAACAGGGGAUCAGAUUAGUGUUCCCAAUCCUGACUGCAAACUCUGUGAAUCUUAUUUUACUUGUAGAAUAUUUUUUGCAGAAUAUUACUGCCUAUAUUUUUAAUUUCAGAAAGAAAGGAUGUUUUUGUCACAGAAUUUCUCAAGUAGGUCUGCCCAAUGGGAAGAGGGAUGUGGUGGGUUAUUCUUGGGUGGCUACUGGGUGUACCACACUGCUCUUUCACUCUUUCUCCUUAGCAGAACAGGUGAAAAAAUAUGAUGAAAUAAACCCAUAAUUUGAGACAUGGGAGAGAUGGAGAUCCCUCACUGGUUACUGUAAUGGGCAAAUGUCACGGAAUUGACUAGAUGAAUCUAUGUCCAUGACAGAGGGCAAAAGGCCUCUGCCCUCCCCCCUCACCCCAGUCCCACAAAAUGGGAAGGAAGGAAGGGAGGAAAAGAACAGUGGCAAUAAUCUAUGGAGGAAAACUUAUUUUACUAUAAUACUGGAAUACAAGAUAACACAAUGUAAUACAAUUUAAUUGAAAUUGAGAUUAAUAAAUCAGACAAGAUGAGAGAGAGAGUUCCCGGGACCAAGUCAAAACUGAAAAGCUUGGAAUGGCUAGGAAAGCACCCUUCAGCACCCACUGCAAGGCAAUAAGAGAGUGCCCCCGCACCCGGAAGGGCCAGAUCCUGUGACUUCUGUAAUGUACAGGGAUAGGUACCUGGAAUUGGGACAUUAACACUUUAAUGCCCCAUACACUACAUGAUGUUUUGAUGUGGAAUACUGAAACCCAAAAAACAAAAAACAUAGAAUUAUGACAGCAAAACAAAUUUUUUUUUUGGAAGAUAUAUUUGAUUUAUUACCAGAUAAAUGGGGUAGAGUAGGGGGCAAGAAAGAAACAAGCAAAAGCUAAAAGCACAUUUAAAUCUCCAUCUCCCUUCUACCCUGAUUUUGUUCCAAGGCUCGAGUUCACUCUUCUUCAACUUUUCCACCUCCCUCUCCCUAGAGGCACAGACGAAUGAGAAUUACAGUCAGCCUAUAGUACUUUGUCUCUGCUGUUCCUUUUUCCUCAUUCUCUUCCUUGUUCCAGUGUAAGGACCCUUUCAUAGCAUGCAGUCCUUCAGGAACUGCUCCAGAUUUGAUUGCUUGAGAAUGACAAUGGUGUUAAAUAUAAUUUCAUUGUUGUCAUCCAUCACAAUAUAAAAUUUGUAUGUCAAGAGACAGACUUUGAAUUUAGUAAAGUUUUAUUGCUUUUUUUUUUUAAUAGGAAUCUUACUUUGGUCUUUGAUCUUUCACUAAAAAGUUUCACUUCAAGAGAAAAAAAGACUAUGUAUUAUUGGCAGUUUGCAUAAUCCAUUUUUCAAUUUUUGAGAAUAAAUGAUUUUGUGAAUGAUAAGAAAUGUGAAUAGAAUGGAAUGGAAUAGAAUAGAAUGGUUUUGUUGGAUGGGAGCUACAAAGACCACCACGACCAUCUGUUUGACCACCUCAAGGCUAAACAAAAGUUAAAGCAUUUUAUUGAUGGCAUUAUCCAAAUACCUUCUGAACAUUGAAAUGUGUGGGACAACAGCUGAAGCUAAGAAGCCCGUAGCAGCCUUUGGCCACCCUUUUAGCAAAGACUUCUUUCUAAAUAUCCAGUCUGAACCUCCUCUAGUGCAAUUCUGUGUCAUUCCCAUGUCCUGCCAUUGGUUUCCAGUGAUUAAAACUCAGCAUUUUCCUCUGUUUCCACUCCUCUGGGAGCUGCAGGGAGCAGUAAGAUUGCCUCUUGGCUUCCUUUUCUGGAAACUGGACAGCCCAAAUGUUCUUAGCCUUUUCUCAUAGCCUGUUACUGGCUUUGUUGUCCCUGGACACUUUGAAGUACCUUAACAUCCUUUUUAUAUUGUGGGAACAAGAAGGACACACUGCAACUGUGGGUUGCAUCAGGCUGAGGAUGCACUACUUCUGUUAGCUUUGCAGUGGUGUCUAGAUAAACUUUAUCAUAGUGCUUUCUCACUCUCCUCCUCAAAGGAGCGGAUGGAGAAAAUGUGAUAGAAGAGAGCUCAAAUGUUGAGAUAAGGCUGGGGAUAUAAUUCACUACUUACUGUCAUGGGCUAAUUCAGCAUAGGGAGAUUCAUAUAAUUUAUUGCCUAUUACUGACAGACAAGAACAGUGAUAAACUGAAAGCAUACUAAAAACUUUUUCACAUUCCACCAUAUUCUAUUCCCUUCUCCCACGAGGUACAGGGGAUUGGGGGCUGCAGUCAGUUAAUAAUGCUUCUUCUCUGCCACUCCUCCAUUGUCAUUCUGCUUCUGCUCCAGCAUGAGGUCCUUCCCAUGGGACACCAACAUUCCUGAACUUAUCCUGCAUGGGUUUUUGCCACAGGACCCAUCCUUCAAUUACAGACUGCACCACAUGUGUCCCCAGUGGCAGCAGCUCCCCCAGCCCUCCUGGCCCACAUGGGCUGCUCUCCAGGGCUGUAGCCCAGGCUUGGCACUAAUCUUAGGUUUCCCUAGCUUAUCAGCCACUGAAUUGUGAUUCACAGGGAUAACUGGGCAAGAGUGGUGAGGCCUUUGGACAGAAGGUGUUAAAUCAAGGAUCUGGUUUCCCUUUGUUGUGAGCUUUCUAAUGCAUCCACCCUUCACUGUCCCCACCCCACUCAGUUGGGAAGGGCGAAGACAUCAGUUUUCUAAUGGCUUGGAUAGCCAUUCAGGUUCCCUGGGAGAGGCCCUAGGACCAGGGGUUUUCUUUCCUCAAGAUUCUUGAGCUUUUGUUCUGGCCACCAGUUAACUAAUUUCUCUAACCUGACAGUGGGUAAUCCAUUCAUCAAAUCUCGUGGAACACCCUUUUGCCAGCCCAGUAUCCAGAGACAAUUACGUUUAUGAUCAAUAUUUUGCCUACCUGUUUUUACACACAAUGAAACCCUUCCAGUCCCACUGAGCUUUGGGCUGGGUGGCCUGGGGGCAAGGCUGACUGCUGCAAGUAUUACUGCCCUUGGCUCAAAUUUAAUGGAGGAAGAAAUCACCGGCCCAUAUUUUCUUCCAUAGUUAAUUAACUGUUGGGCAACCUCCCCCCACGUCCAUACAUUAUUUCCUGACUGCAAUAGUUAAGGUUUACUGUUCCUUCCAACACUGCCCAGGUUCUCUCUCCCUGAGACAUAGCCUCUAUUUUUCCUUGCAGUUGUAUACCUACAGGUUUUAACGACUCUGGAAGCCCCCUAAUUAAAGCAGUCAUUCUCUCAGGAUCAACGGGCAUCCUCAUAGGUGAUUCAUGAUGUGGCUGCAGCUUUCUAUCAGACAUCAUUUGGAGACAAGCAGCUUUCUAUCAUACAUCCUUUGGAGAUAAGCAGCCUUUUGAACACCCUCUACUAACUCAUCAGUUAGUAGAUCAGUUGUUCCAGUAAUGGCAAGAGGGUCUCCCCUCUAUAAAGGGUUGAGACCAGCUGCCCAAUAGGCAGCCCUCUGUGGUAAGGACCAGGGAGCACAAUUUUUGCCAGUAGUUAAAAAUACUCCUGGUUCCCAAUAACUUUCUUCUUCCUUUUCUGUUAACUGAAUCUGGUCACCACCAGUGAGACUAACCCUCCAUACACACUCUGUCUCUGAUUCCUUUGGAGAGCAACUAAAAUCUUUUUUUCAGUUUUGCUAGUUCAGUGGCUGAGAAGGGAGUUUCUUCAAAUUCAUUUGAGAUCAUCUAGAUCCUCACUGUUAUCGAAUGUAUAUUCGGUUUUUAUCAAAGGAUGCAAUGAGGCUAUUGUUGUUUCUAAUUUGUCUAGUCUUGCCUUCAUUCCUGGUAGUUCCUCCCGAGGAAAAGUUUUUUCUUGAGGCAAACUAUGAGUGAUGGUAUCGCUGUCAUGCUUACACGUUAACAGUUCCUUAAAAGCCAUCUGCAACAAAGCCAAAUUACGUUUCUCUCUUUCUAAUUUUCCUCAAGGUUCACUAUUUGAUUCUAUUGAGUUUUUACCAAUUCUUGUGUUACUUUAACUGAUUCCUGCAGUACUUGUAUAGUUUGGGUUUCUGCCGUAUGCUUUUCAUCUUGGAACUUCACUGCAUAAAUAAACGACUUUCCUUUUCGA